CAUAACUGCGGCCUCAGCCUCGUCCCAAGCACUAAAUCCGUCUCCCCUCGUAUUGUAUUUCGCCCAAAGUUUGUUUUUCAACAUUCCAUGCUCCGUUACUGACCAUUGCGACCGGCAACACGAUCAAAACACAAUGGCGACAUUUACUCUCCUCGACCAAGCUGAAGAAGAUAAACUCCACGCAUCCAGACUUCUCGGUAUCGAAGAACGACCUUUCAAGCGUCUGACGAAACGACUUCUGGCGCCCACGACACCCCUCCAUGCCUUUCUUGCUAGAGAAAGUGCAGGGCCGGAAUCGAAAGAGCCGUCGGAGAAUGUAGAGGGACAAACAACGACCGCCGCUCAACAUGAACAAUUCCUCAAGGACAUCCAGCGGUUCCGCGAAGAUGUGAUUCUAGACUUUGCGGCGUUCGACAGCAGCAUCGCGCGGAUCCAAUUCCUCCGAGCCGCCAACGAACGGGAACGAGAGCGGUACGUCGCGGAAAAGGCCAAGAUCGAGAGGACGGCGGAGGAGGUGAGGGACAACACGUCGACGCUCCGGGUGCAGCUGGACGAAGCGCAAAAGACCCUGGCCGUACGAAAGACCUACGACGUGCUGGCGGACAAGAUCACGAAGAACGCGGCGCUGAAGCCGCGCGACGAGCAGCACGUCAACGUCGAAAAGCUCAAGGCCGAGAUCGAGGAACUGGAGCGCGAGAGCCAAGACCACCUGCAGGCGUGGGUGGAAAGGAGGGAGCAGCUGGAGAAGGUCGUCGGUGAAGGGAUGAAGUUGCGCAGGAUCGUACGGGACGAGAAAGAGCCCGAGAAGGACGAAGAAGGUGGCGGCGCAGGAGAUCGGGAGCGAGAAGGUGGUGAAGAAGACGACGACGACGAGAACAUGCUGGGUGUGGUGGGUCGACGAGACGGCAUGUCCAACGCUGGAACGCCGCGGCCCGGUGAUGCCUCGACACCACUCAUGGACCUGCGCGGGAGCAAUGCCAUGACGCCGACGACCUUGCCCGAAGGAUCUGGACGGACACCGAAGCCCGUGGAUGAGGAUGUCGAAAUGGACGCUGGUGCUGUCGAAGCAGGUGAAGUUGCAGGUGAAGCACGGGUGGGCGAUGAUAUGGAUACCACGUAAUUUUACAGCUAAAAGGGACAUGUAAAUCUCUCUCAUUGAGAGUCCAUUGUAUAAGAUCGACCACACCAUUUGGUGAAUCAUUAGCGAGCUAUGUUCACGUAGG